CUGGCAACCACGUUCACACUCCAGGCUAAGAAAACGUGGACACGCAUCCAUCAUUCAGUUCAGGUAAACAUAUCUCUUGGGCAAUUACUAAUUUACCUGGAUAAAUUACAAUUAUAUCAGACAAAAUGGAGUGAAUGGUAGACAUACAUUUUGCAUACGCUGGACCGGUCUGCUUUUCGUUAUUUUAAAUUAAUGUAGAGGAUGCGGUAUUGGAUACUGUGUUAAAAAACCAUCAGAGUUUGUCGAUCAUCACAGUUGGUAGAUAUUGGUGUUCCACAAGAUUGAGUUCACGAUGACAAGUCGGUACUUACGCUUGGGUGAAAAUAUUAAAGUGGAAAAGUGGACGCGUACAAGGGUGUACCUUUAAAGUUACGACACCUGACUCGGAAGGAUCAGCGAUUACAGAAACGGAUCAAUAAUAAUUUUUGUUUUUCCAAUUUGGAAACGGUUUCAGAAUAAUUGUUCUUAAAUGAAAAGAAAUAUAUUUUAAUUAUUACAACGGAUUGAAACUAAUUUUGGCAUAAUUGCUUCAAAUCAAAAAAUAAAUAAUAUUAGCUAGAAUAUUUGAGAUUAAAAAAAAAGCAGUUGGAAUAGCGAAUGUGUUAUUGGUGUUGUUUAAAAGUUGGAAUAUAAAAAAAAUGACAUGAUAUGGACAUCAAUGAUCAAGUGAUCAUACCGUAACUGGAACACGUUUUGACAAGAGAACCCUUGCAUGAACGUUCUAAUGAUACAUUUAUCGUGGAAGAAACACAGAACACCAUCAACGUUCACUUAAAAGAGUAAGGAACGUAUUUCACCAUAAUUGUAAUUUGUAUAAGUGAAAGUAUUUCAAAUAGAAAACAUCUGUUCACAUCAUGUCGCGAGCUGAACGGGUGAUGCGCCUAAACGUUGGAGGGAUGUACUACACGACAAUGAAGUCAACGCUGGCACAAAUUCCUGGAACAUUUCUAUGGAGAAUUGCAACAGGUAACCAAUCAUGCCUAAGAGACGACAGAGGAAAUUACGUCAUUGACCGAGAUGGUCACGUGUUCAGGCAUGUUUUGAACUUUCUGCGCACUAACAAACUGUUGCUGCCCCAGGGUUUUCGCGAGUUAGACUUGCUCAGAGAGGAGGCUCUGUACUACGGCAUCGACACGCUCGUUUACGACAUCGACCGCCUCGUCGAGACACGCAGAAAGCGACGCCGACAGCCCAACAGGAUGAAGCGUCUAAGCGCCAGCGUCGGCGACAGCUUAAACCACGUCAUGCACGACGAUGAUGACGACGAUUUUUUCGAAGACAGCUAUCUCGGCAACGGCGUCUUCUAACAACGUGCUUCCUGUUCAAGACAGACAACAGUUGAUUGGAGCUGGCGGUUUACUUGAUGGAAAGCGAAAAAUAAUGGAUUUAUUUACAUGGCUGUACAAAGCCUAUUAAUUAACUAGAGAGCGAGAGAGAGAGAGAGAGAGAGAGAGAGAGAGAGAGAGAGAGAGAGAGAGAGAGAGAGAGAGAGAGAGAGAGAGAGAGAGAGAGAGAGAUGACACACUUUCUACAAAAAUGCCAGCUCUUAGACACAAUUCGUCAACCCUUACUUCAAA